UUCCUUUUCACUUUUCCUUCUGAAGCCAGGGCUGUUCCAAGCCGACAGGCAUGAUGCUACUGGGAGUUCUGCACAGCCUGCUGCUCUUCUGCCUGGUUGAGGAGAGCAUCAGCAAAGUCAGAAGAUACUACAUCGCCGCAGUGGAAACCACCUGGGACUACAUGCACAGCGACCUGCUCUCCGUGCUGCAAGCACCUGCAGGCACAUCGAGGAACCCAGGACCAUGGCCCCCUGUGCCUGCUGUGGCUCCCCAGUACAGGAAGGCUGUGUUUGUGGAGUACCCUGAUGGCUCAUUCACACAGCCCAAGCCCAAGCCAGCGUGGAUGGGUCUCCUGGGCCCCACCAUCCGAGCAGAAGUCUAUGACAAGGUGGUGAUCACGUUUAAAAACCUGGCCUCUCGCCCAUACAACCUCCAUGCUGUUGGGGUAUCCUACUGGAAGGCAUCAGAAGGUGCAGGUUAUGAGGAUGAGACCAGCCAGCCAGAGAAGGAGGGUGACAGGGUAGAUCCAGGGAAGACACACACAUAUAUCUGGGAAAUCCAGCAAAACCAGGGCCCAACAGAUGGUGACUCACCAUGCCUGACCCACUCCUACUCCUCCAACACAGACAGCGUGAAGGACAUCAACUCUGGUUUGAUUGGAGCCCUGCUUGUGUGCAGACCUGGGACUCUGGAGAGCGAUGGGAACGGGAACAGGCAGCAAGAGUUUGUGAUGCUCUUCGCAGUGUUUGAUGAAGGGAAAAGCUGGUACUCUGAGCCUGGCUCCUUGGCAGCUCCUCAGCCUCUACCUCACAACAGGACAGAGCUGCACACCAUCAAUGGCUACAUCAAUGGCUCACUGCCUGGUCUCAUACUGUGCCUCAAGAAGCAGGUCCACUGGCACGUGAUUGGGUUGGGCACUGGGCCAGAAGUGCACUCCAUCUUCUUCGAAGGUCACACAUUCCUGGUGAGAGGCCACCGCCUCAGCAGCCUAGAAAUUUCCCCUGCCACGUAUCUCACAGCCCAGACCAUGCCAGGAACAGCUGGCUGGUUUCGGAUCUUCUGCCAGUUACUGUCUCACCAGCAAGCUGGCAUGGAGGCCAUGGUGAAGGUGGAGGAGUGUAUGGAGGAGCGCCUGGUGAAGAUGGGGAUGCUGUCAGAUGAGCCAGAGGACAUGGAUUACCCUGAAGAGGGUGAGGAAGGUUUUCAUGUGAUCCAAGUGCGCUCUUACGCCAAGGAGAAGCCUGCGACCUGGACGCAUUACAUCGCAGCUGAGGAGAUGGACUGGGACUAUGCCCCAGUGAAGCCACAGUCUCUGGACAGGAACAUGACGAGCCUGUUGCUGGAAGCUGGCCCUCAGAGGGUCGGUUCAAAGUAUAAGAAAGUGAUGUUUGUGGAGUAUGAGGAUGCAACCUUCAAGAAGCGCAAGACGUCAGAUCAGCCAGACAAGGGGAUUCUGGGACCUGUCAUUAAGGGGGAGGUUGGAGAUCAGUUUAAGAUCGUGUUCAAGAACCUGGCAAGCCGACCAUACAACAUCUACCCUCAUGGCCUCACCAGCAUUGGUCCAUACCAUGCCAUGAAGGCCUCUCAAGAUAAGAAUGUGAAGGACAUUCCUAUCCCCCCUGGCCAGUCAUUCACCUACAGCUGGAAGAUCACCCCUGAGGAUGGCCCCACGCAGGCAGAUCCUCACUGCCUCACCCGGUUCUACUACAGCUCCGUCGACCCAGUCCGAGACACAGCCUCAGGCUUGAUUGGGCCUCUCCUGAUCUGCUGUAGGAAGUCCAUGGAUCAAAGGGGAAAUCAGAUGAUGUCAGACAAGACGAGGUUGCUGCUGUUUGCAGUCUUUGAUGAGAACCGCAGCUGGUACCUGGAGGAGAACAUCAGGAGGUUCUGCACUGAUGCAGCCCAUGUGAAUCCUCAGGACCCCCAGUUUUAUGCCUCCAACAUGAUGCACACUAUUAACGGCUUUGUGUUCGACAACCUCCAAUCAAAACUCUGCCUGCAAGACGUUGUGUACUGGUAUGUCCUGAGCGUUGGGGCCCAAACGGAUUUCCUCUCCAUCUUCUUCUCUGGAAACACGUUCAAGCACAACAUGGUCUUUGAGGACGUGCUCACCCUUUUCCCCUUUUCUGGAGAAACAGUCUUCAUGAGUUUGGAGAAGCCAGGCAACUGGACACUGGGAUGCUUGAAUCCUGAUUUUAGAGACAGAGGGAUGCAAGCCAAGUUCAUAGUCUUGCAGUGCCAGCAGGAGCAAUACUCUGAUGAUGAAGAUUAUUUGGAGUACGAGGACACCUUCAACUUAGAGCCGAGGAGCUUCUCUAAAAGGAAGAGAUGGCAAAGGCCAUGUGUGAAUGAGCAGCUGAGCAAUGUCACCACUUCCAGAAGUGAGACACAGAGCUCAAAACUGUGCUCGACAGAACUCAGCCAUGGAGCCCUCCUGAGCAAUGACAGGAGUUAUGAUCUCCCUCCCAAUGGCACAUCAACACUUCAAGGAACAAUGCCACAUCCGUCUGGUACUUCCAUGUCUUCUCUGCCAGAGACAAACUAUGAGCCAGUGUCCUAUGAAUCCUUCCUGGAAGAUGAAGAAUUGUCAAAAGUCAUUACCCAGGAUGAAGGGUUUGGUACUCUCCCACCUGGAGGAGACUUGGAGAGUGUCAGAAGGGUCCAUCCUACUCUAAGCUCAGAAGCAGGUCAGCAGUGGUUGCAUCAAGCCACACCAGUUCCAGAAGGUGUUUUGGCAGGAAAGAAGGUAUCAAAUAUCUCAGAGGUGCAGGAGCCAGUAAAUAGGACUAUGGUCCAACAUAGUGGCACAUUAGAGAACCUGGAAACAGAGCCUCAAAAGAGGACUGCUCAUACAGCAGACUUGUGGGACUCAAUCGCUUCUGCUGCUAGCAAAGCUCCUCUUCAAGAGAACAGGAGCUCAUUUCAACAGGAUGACCUGCAGCACAAUCUGGGACUUCAGGAGCUACCUUCUCAGGGUGCUGAGGACAAGUUGCUGAGAGAGACUGAUAAAAUGUCCUUAAAUCUCUAUGAGUCAAAGGAGACAACUAAUACAGAACCAGCUUUAAGUGCUGACCUUAACUCUUCCUCUGCACUGGACAAUCCUACAUCUUCAGGUGAGAAAGCAGACAACAGGACUGCUCACAGUCACACCAGAGGAAGCAGUUAUUCACCACACGAGCUAGAUGCCACACUGAGGGAAAGGCCUCACAAAGUGGCUUCACCAGGGUUUUAUGAAUCUUUGGGAGGGAGAAAUGCUUCUCUCUCAGAUGUGGGACCCAGCAAACCUGUACAAGAACAAAUCCCCUCAGAUGUGAGUAACUCCUUGCCUGAAAAACUUGGCAGAGAACAAGAAGACAGUGAACUUGCCAAAGGCACAAGCCUUCUAGAAACCACCUUUGCACACACCAAUGAGCUUGAGCCUUCCAACUAUGUAUUGACAGAAGAGAGGGAUGAAUUAGUCUUGGAGGCAGUGCUUCAGGAGGCUACAGCUCCUGAGGGAUUGCCAGAAAUGGACAGUGUUGCCCUUCCUGAAUCCAACGUUGUGGCCCAUGAUGAAAAGCAGUUGCCAAAUGCUUUCUUAAACAGUCCUGAACAGCUUUUGAGACACGAAGGUACAGCCCCAAACAUGAGAAGCUCCAACUGGAGGCCUCACCAAGCCAGGUCACUGCAGAGCACAGGCUUGAGGCACGGUUUGGGGCUUCCCAGCACCAGACAGCCUGGCAGCAGAGAGCCCCUUUCUGAGGGUAACAGAGCAGAGCAGGGUCUGCCCACUCAGACCCCUGAUAUAGCAGAGAAUGAGAAAGUCCCAAAGACAUGUGGACCUCAUUCCCCUUUUUGCAGCACUCUCCUCAAAAAGAGGUCCCUAGUGUCAAAGGACACUUUGCCUGAGGUGAUGGUGGCCCAGCAAAGCCUGGAAGAAAAAUCAAACAUGGUUGAGGGAAGACUGCACCUGGGUGGGGAGGCUCCACAAGUUCUGUUUGGAGAUAGUGCUGAUGAGAUGCAUCUUGCACGGAGGCCAAGCACAGAUGGGGGUGUAGGGGGUAGCAGUGAGGGAGCCCCGAAGGGAGCAUUAGGGAGCAAGGCAGGGAUGGCAACAAGCAGCUCAGAAAUGCUGGCUGCUGCUGUGGCUGCUGACCUGGCCUCAAACUGGAACCAAGUCUCCCUGGGGACAGUGAAACACGCUGGGGACUUGCAGAGCCCAACUUUGACUGAGGUGCAUGCAGGCAGAGCUGCUGCUGGGGCAGCUCCUGGCAGCAAGAGAGAUCAGGGGAGACGACAGAUAGAGGAGACAAACUCUGUGGAGCAGCUGGGUCAGUUCAGUCCUCAAUCUCAGCAGCUCAAGGUCAGUGCCACAGAGGACCACACACCUGAGAGCAUGUCUAGGCAAAGCCUUGAAGAAAGCACUAUGAAACCAGCCUCCAAAGAGAAUCAUUCCCUGGCUCUAAGCAGCCUUGCUCACAACCGUAGCAUUCCCAGAAACCCAGACAAAUAUGUGCAAGCCAGUCCAGAUGGACAGCAGAUGCUCGGAGAGGGACAUGUCCUCAAAGAAACUGGGAAGAGAGAAGGACAGAGUCUAGGAGAGCCCAAAAAGGGUGAGGAAAGCAACAGCACUGUCGUUAAGAGGAACCAUGCCCCAGCACCCAGGGAGACACCAGCUCUGACCAACAGGACCCAUUCCAGCCCCUCAGGGCUAGAGGCUGCCAAAUCAGACUACGAUGAGUACGGUGAGCCAGAGCAGACCCUGGAGGACUUUGACAUCUACGGAGAAGAGGAACAGGACCCACGCUCCUUCCAGGGGGAGGUGCGGCAAUACUUCAUCGCAGCGGUGGAGGUGAUGUGGGACUACGGCAACCAGAGGCCACGGCACUUCCUAAAAGCCACGGACCCCUGGAGAGGCAGGAGGAAGACUUUCCAGCAGUACCGCAAGGUGGUUUUCCGAGAGUACAUGGAUGACUCCUUCACACAGCCGCUGCUGCGGGGGGAGCUGGACGAGCACUUGGGCAUCCUGGGGCCAUACAUCAGAGCAGAAGUGGAAGAUGUCAUCAUGGUGACAUUCAAGAACCUGGCUUCACGUCCCUUCUCCUUCCACUCCACGCUGCAAGCCUAUGAGGGGACGCAGGAUGCAACACAGGGUGGAGAGGUGGUGUGGCCUGGUAAGCUCCGCAAGUACUCCUGGAAAGUCCUGCCCCAGAUGGCACCCACCACACAGGAGUUUGACUGCAAGGCCUGGGCUUACUUCUCCAACGUGGACCUGGAAAAGGACCUGCACUCAGGCCUCAUUGGGCCGCUGAUCAUCUGCCGCCGCGGGGUGCUGAGCUUCGUGUUCAGGCGGCAGCUGGCUGUGCAGGAGUUCUCCCUGCUCUUCACCAUCUUUGACGAGACCAAGAGCUGGUACUUCCAGGAGAACAUGGAGAGGAACUGCCGCCCUCCCUGCCACAUCCAGCAGGACAACCCUGACUUUAAGAGAAACCAUUCCUUCCAUGCCAUCAAUGGCUACACGAGUGACACAUUGCCCGGGCUGGUGAUGGCUGAGCAGCAGCGGGUCAGAUGGCACCUCCUGAACAUGGGCAGCACCGAGGAUAUCCACUCCAUCCACUUUCAUGGGCAGCUGUUCAGCAUGAGGACUAGCCAGGAGUACCGCAUGGGAGUCUACAACCUUUAUCCAGGUGUCUCUGGGACGGUGGAGAUGUGGCCCUCGCAUGCUGGGAUCUGGCGGGUGGAGUGCAAAGUGGGAGAGCACCAGCAAGCUGGGAUGAGUGCUCUCUUCCUCGUGUACGACCUGAAUUGCCAAAAUGCCCUCGGCCUGUCCUCGGGUCACAUUGCAGACUCUCAGAUCACAGCAUCGGGCAAGUAUGGGCAAUGGGCUCCUUACCUGGCCAGGCUGGAUAAUGCUGGUUCCAUCAAUGCUUGGAGCACCGACCAGAGCAACGCCUGGAUCCAGGUGGACCUACUGCAUGUCAUGAUUAUUCGUGGCAUAAAAACCCAAGGGGCACGACAAAAGUUCUCCAGCCUUUACGUCUCCCAGUUUGUUGUCUUCUACAGCCUUGACGGACACAGGUGGAGGAAAUACAAGGGGAAUGCCACCAGCACCCAGAUGCUAUUCUUUGCAAAUGUGGAUGGAACAGGAGUGAGAGAAAAUCGCUUCAACCCCCCGAUCAUCGCCCGGUACAUCCGCAUCAACCCCACCCACUACAGCAUCCGCACCACGCUGCGCAUGGAGCUCCUGGGCUGUGACCUCAACAGCUGCUCCAUGCCUUUAGGAAUGGAAAAUAGAGGGAUCCCUGAUGAGCGGAUCUCCGCAUCCUCCUACAGCUCCAAUGUGUUCUCCAGCUGGUCACCCUCCCACGGCCGCCUGCAUCUGCAGGGGAGGACCAAUGCAUGGAGGCCAAAGAGCAACAGCCUCCACGAGUGGUUGCAAGUGGACUUUGAAGUAACCAAGAAAGUGACUGCAAUCAUUACCCAGGGAGCAAAAGCUGUCUUUACCCACAUGUUUGUGAAGCAGUUUGCGGUUUCCAGCAGCCAGGAUGGUGUGCACUGGAACAUGGUCCUGCAGGAUGGCAAGGAGAAGAUUUUCAAGGCAAACCAAGACCACACUGGCACAGUGAUGAAUACCCUGGAGCCUCCCCUCUUUGCCCGCUACGUGAGGAUACAUCCCCGGCAGUGGCACAACCACAUCGCCCUGCGGAUGGAGCUGCUCGGCUGCGACACUCAGCAGGAGUACUGAUGGCUGUGGGGCCAGCUGUGGGCAGAGCCCUCCCGAGGACCCAGACACUGAACUCUCACCGAGGAUGGAGCCAGUCCUCCACGGCCCUGGCUGCUCCUGCUGCUAGGGAGGGGAAGGGAGAGCUGUCUCAGUGGCUCACUCGUUAUCAGCCUCUUCCUGCCCCUCAUCCACCAGAUGCCAUAGUCAGACGUAAUGCUGAAGCAUUAAACAGUAAUUUUCCAGUGUAAUGCUGAAGAAUUAAACAGUAAUUUUCCAGUA